CGUUGAACUCGUAUGAAGGCAAUCUAAUUCAUUGGUUCACUCGCGUCGGAACUCGGAAGAGCUUGAGUUAUUUAAAGAUACAACACCAAAGCUCUUGAGCAAAUCCCAAACUCCUCCCUCCCCUCUCACAUCUCUCUCGGAAUCGUAGAACUCAAUGGCGUCACAGGACAAGAAACCUUCCAAACCCUCCAGUAGCAAAGCCGGUGGCAUACGCACGCUCUCCGAUCUGAACCGAUCGUCCGCUGACUCGGAAAACGACUCGGAUGGCCCUCAGGAGUACCAUACUGGUGGCGAGAAGAGAUCUAUUUGUUCCUUUACAACAUGUUGUAAGGCCCAAGCCAUGCUAGCAGAAGCGCUGAGCAAGCUCAAGCAUACUCUUUUGGAGGAGUCACGCGCUCAGGAGAAAGAACUUUUUCGGCUUAAGGUCGAGAAGAUGGAAUAUGAUCAGGAAAGAGAGGAGAAAAAAAUUGGACAAGAGAAUGAGAGACUGCGGUUGGAGGCCGAGAGACUGAGGUUGGAGGCCGAGAAACUAGAACUUACCCGAAGGGAAGCGAAUGAGAGAGCAGAGAGAGACCUGUUGGAGAGAGAGGAGCGAAUAAUGACAGUCAAUAUGCUUAACUUAUAUGGACUACAACAGAAAUAUUUCGAGCAACAUCAAAAGGAAAUCAUGGCGAGAUUCUACUAAUAAGAAGAUAAAAUAAAAUGGAAACCAGCAGAUAUAUACCUCAUGAAAUUUAUUUGUUAUUGAGGUAAAGUAUAAUUUUUAUAAUUUGUACAAUUAAUUGGAAGUAUUUGUUUGUUUGUUUGUUUGUUUCUCUAAAAUGGGCAUCCCGUACUCCAUUAUUUAUUAUAUUCAUCCUAAAUGUACUGCAUGAGUUUCUACCAUUAAUGUUCA